UCAGGAACAAGGAAGUCCUCGCUGUUGUGGAGUAGCGCGUAUUUUUGAAGUUGUUGUUAACAAAACUAAACUAAACAAACAAAAUGGAAAUUUACUCAAAGUCCAAACUGAAACGGAAACGAACUUCAAUGUUCCACCCGGAAACAUGUUCCCGGGACACAAAGCCGGAACCGCCGCCGCCGCCGCCGCCGCUGCUGUUGCCCAGUGACGCCACAGAGGAGAGACACGGGUCAGCGUGGUGGAGCAGAGAGCAGCUUCCUGCUGCAGAGAGUCUGUGGGCGUCUGCUCUGCUGCACCUGGACCAGCAGCAGUGCUGGGACCAGGUUCCCGAUCUUCCACUUCCAUCUAAAGCGAGACCUGCAGCGUCACAGGUGGACCCUCAGUGGUGUGACUUCAGAGAAGAGGUUCCUCUGCUUCCUGAACCUGCUGCACCUUCUCUGGAGACUCCACCGAGUCCUGAUCCUCUCAGCGUCAGAUCUUCCCAGCAGGACGUCCCCCUUCAGACCAGACCUGCACCUCUGAUCGGCUCCUCUGACACGCAGCCGUCCUCUCAACACACAAAGGGUCAAGAUGGCAGCACGGCCGUCACCAGACCACAGCAGCCGUCCGUCCACAGCUGGGAGGAGGCGCCAUCAUCAUCAUCAUCAUCAGCAGCAGCAGCAGCAGCAGCAGCAGCAGCAGUAGCAGCAGCAGGACCUUCACGAGUUAGAGGAGGAGAGCGAAAUGACACUGAACCAAGAGUUAAAGGACAGCUUCUCACCAACCAGGUGAAAGAAAAGGAAAAUAAAGAGCAGGUGGUGAAGGAUGAAGAGGAUGAGGAGGAGCAGAGGACUGUGAGAGGAGAUGAUGGAGCAGCAGCAGCAGCAGCAGCAGGAGGAGGAGGAGGAGGAGGAGGAGAAAGGAUGCAGAGCUGCCCCAUGUGCCUGCUGGUGUUCCCUGUCGGGUUCACACAGAUGGACUGUGACGGCCACCUGGCCCAGUGUCUGUCCGAGAUGAACAUGGACAUGACCUGGUGAGACACAGGUGGACACGCUGGCCCACGUCCAGGAGCUGCCAGCGCCCCGAGAGCUGCUGUAUCAGACUGUGUGGAGGACACGUCGCACAUCACACCGGCUGAGACACAGACAGAGACACAGGGACACAGACAGAGACACUGACAGAGGGGAAACACAGCUACAUGCCCUGGUAAAGAGGAGGGGCAGUUUUUACCAAAUGUCAGCUUCUGCUCCUGAAACACUAGAUCCUAAAUUUAGCUUCACUUGAGUUUGUCUCGUGUGAGUCCAGCUGAAGUAGAGGAUCUCCAAACCGGAGCCUGGAUAACCGACCCGAGCCUGACCGGACCCGACAGGUCGGGUCUGCACAAGAAUCCAGGAAUGAUUGUGGGCUUCUGUCUUGUCAAUUUCACAUGUUCAAUUUUAAGUUCUUUUAGUGGAAUGUAGUGAAUUUAGAUGAUGAUCUAAGACCUCGUCCUGCUCAUCACAGGACGAGGUUGACACAAACAGAAUUCUACUGACUGAAGAAGAGAAACACGUUGGAUUCUUCAGUCAGACAAAUAUCGUGAUGUUUUGUACGCUGUCAUCGGACGUCUUUGAUGAUUUAUCGUCUCCACGUGUGUCCCCGUUCCCGUCGUAGGGACGAAACCCGGUUCUGUCCACAGUGAGACAACCGUGAAAACAUCAGAGGAGCUAAUGAACAUGUUGUGUGUUUGUUUUUGUCGUCACUUUCACGCUGCGCUGUGUGCACCGUCACUCUGCUGUGGCGUCACACUGAGCCGAGCAUCUGUUUGUGUGCAGAUCAUUUAUGUGUGUGUGUGUGUGUGUCCGUGACCUUUAACCAUUCACACACACACACACACACACACACUGUAGUGAACACGUCCUGACUGCAGAUGAACUGAUCGUCUACAGAUGACUGUGAUCGUCUACAGCCUGAAACUACACUCAAUGAACAUGUAAAGUAAUAAAGUAACGUACAGCAUGUUCAAGUUAAACUGCAGCUCAAGUGUAAACACGACACAAUCAGGAGUUUUGGUUUCAGACUUUGACGAGCGACAAAAGAACAGACACAUCAAAGGGAUUCUGCAGCCGUGUUAACAAAUCCCAACAGAACAAAGUCCGUCCCUCAUUUUCUCCAGAGCUUUGUAAAGAAGUCCCAAAGUGUAAAUGUACUAAAAAACGAUGUUUUUAACAAAUGUUUCUGCUUUGAUCUGCAAAGCAGAUUACCUACUGUUUCAUUCCUCGGUCUAUGCAGGACAAACGUGGAGUCCUAAUUACUGUCCACUGUCUCUCUCUCCGCCGUUGACUCUGUGCAGAACAAUGAUCGAGUAAAGUUAAGCAGAGAGAGAGAGAGAGAGCGUAAAAUGACGACGUGAUACGUGAAAAAGACCUGUCUCACCA